AUGUCGAACGCCACUAGGCCCAUCUACGCCCUCUACAGGUCUCUCAUCCGCGAAGUUCGCUUGCUUCCGACUGAAUAUCUUCGCCAGUUCUUCCGCCUCAAGCUCAGUGACGAUGUCCGAGCAGCACUCGACUCCAAGGAUGCUCGCUUGCAGAAAGGUCGGGUAAAACGAAUGCGGCAGAUCCAACGCAAGCUACAAGCAGCGAACUUAGGCCGCAGGCGCGAAUUUGAUCACGUCUUGGAUUUAGCCUAUGGAAGGAAAGGAAAGCUCAGGGCGGAAAUCCUGCAACCUCUGCUCACCGACCCAAAGGCCCCCCUUCCGGCGCGCAUGAUCCACAACGUAGAGCGAUCUCGCCCACCCGCCUAUUCAAAGGAGCUGACUACGCUUCUCACAACCGCCUACUCGCGCACGACCAAGGCUCUGACGCUGAAGGCGCUGCAACACCCGCACACCCUGCCUCCGCGCGCUGACCCGAGUACGAACGACGCCAAGUUCAUGGGCCCACUGAGCAAACGCAGGGAAGUGAACAUCCGUUGGAAGUUCUUCACCGAGCAGCACAAGAGGGUGCAUCCUCCGCUGCAAGUCGUUCUUGAGGAGCGGACGGAGUCUGGCGACGUCGUGCACAAGACCGACAGCAGUUCUGUGUUGCGCGCCGGCAUCCGCCCCGUCGGCCUGCAGGGCUCAGGUGUGUUCGAGGAAGUGCAAGCUCUAGCGGCCUCGCGUCCUCGUCGGCGGAGUGCGCAUGGGAAGCCAUAUCCAGACAGUCACGCAUCACAGCCAGACUUCAGGUCGCACCUGCCGCACAGGUUUUUACGGAGGCGAUUCCAGUUUCUCUUGGGUCGGCUGCCUGUUAUGACAUACCGCAGAGCCAUGCCGGGCGAUUCGACAUCAAACGCCGGAAAACCUGGCAUGGUUGCAUGCGGCACAAGACGAUCAGCACAGGCGGAAGGAGGCAAGCAGGAAGAGACGAGAAGAGGCACGAGCCAGGGCUGCCUCAAGCCAAAAUAA